AAAAUUGAUUAUUUUUUCAGGCACAGAAGAAAUCAAUUGUUGACAAUAUAAGCACCCCAGUAGUUAAUUUGAUUCACCUUUUUCCAACCUUUGUGGAAAUUGAACAUGGAUUGGCACCUUCCACAUCAGAAAUGGAAGUCUUUCACGAUUUAAAUGUACCUAUAAAUUUCUGUUAUCCCCAGUAUUUCAAAUUUGAUAGUACUGAAGAAGUCAAACUAAUUCUGUUAGCCACUGCAUUUCACGAAUCAUAUUGUGUGAGGGAAAGUAGAAUUUAUUCUAUCCAUCCCACAUAUUUCAUGGAUAAAGAAAAACAUGAAGCAGAACAUGUUGAUAUGUCCUAUUUUGGCGAGCUACAGUCUGCUGUGAUUGCUUAUUGCGAAGAUGAAAUAUUUAAUGAUGAAGAAUUAUCAGAAGGUGUUCAACAUGAUACUUCUUACUUGGAAAGUGACAUAGGACUCAUUACAAAAAGGCUUGAAAUCUUGAAAAAUAAAACUGUCAACGAACUUCGGAAGGACCGUUUAUUAUCGGAAGAUAUAAUGAAAGACAUUUUAAGUAUCUGUGACAAUGAUCAAUUCAAAAAGAGUAGAGAUAAUUAUGAUGAACAUUUUGAUAGAGAAAUCCAGACUGAAGCAGAGGAAGAUAAUGUUGCUGAGUCAGCAGGUCUAAGUAGAUCACAUGAAAGUAGUUUUCAAACAGCAAUAGAAAACCUUUCAGAUCCUGAAAAGUAUCUACUCGAAAAAGAAGACAAAACAGCUUUUGACAAAAAUCAUCCUUUUAGCAAACUCAAUUUUGAUGAAGAUGAUAACCUGAAAAGUAGUGAGAGUUCAGUGUCUAUCAGAAGUGAUUCUGAGUUAGCACAACAUUCAGAAUUAGUAGUUGAAAAACCAGAGGAAACAUCUUUUUCAUAUUCCAGUACAAAUCCAUUUUUAGAAGAUUUGAUUAGUUUUGGUAAAGAAGGGAGCCAAAUUUCUAAUGAUAUUCCCAGAUUAAAUCGCAAUAAUCCAUUUUUGUCAUAUUCAAAACCAAAACUUGAUAUUUAUUGUUCUGACGGUUCAAGUGAAAGUAAUAACUCUACCGAUUAUGCCAAUCUAGAAGAGGCACAUAUAUCUCAACAAACAUGGUCAACUAACGAUUCCAGAUCUUCAGAUUUACAUUAUUUCAAACAUUUUGAUUUCUCUAAUACAAAUGCUGUAAAACCAUGCGUAGAGGAAGAUUCAGAACAGUCUUCUCUAGUACCACAAAAUUAUACCUCUCAGUUUUCUUCAUGUAAUAUGAUGAUGCCGAAUUUUGAAUCUCCCUAUUGGUCUGUAGCUUUCAAUAACCCUUACUACCAUAGUGCAAGGUUUGCAAACUGUUCUUAUCCUAUGAACGGUUUUUGUUCCCCUACAUCACUAUCCACAAAUGGAAUUGCCUUUGGAUUACAAAAUAUGUUGCCUCAAGCUUCUACUGUAUGCCCACCUCCAGGUUUUGCACCCAGAACAAAUUUUUCUCUUGCACACACUAAUUAUAUUAUUUCUAAUAAUGAUACGAGGAAUGCAAAUGGAUCAACCAAAUUCUUUAGGUCGGCUCUUCCCAUGUUCAACUGCGUAUCUGAAACAGCUACCAUAUCGAAUUUGAAUGUUACCAGUGAUAGGGAUUUUUAUGAAGUGUAUAAUGAACAACUGAGACUCAGGAUUCAACAGUCCAAUUCAAGUGAAUAAUAGAUCCUAUUACAGGUGCCAGGGUGUCCCAACUACGAAGGUAUUAAUUUUUAAGUAUUAACUUUACAAUUGACCAAAAUUUUUUGUUAUAUUUGUAAACUUUUUUAUAAAUAUCAUUUUGUUAGGUAUCAGUAACAUGUGAGAGAAUGUUGUUCAUUUCGUAAAUAGAAGUUGAGAUAGUUUCCUUAGUUGAUGAUAAAUCCGUACAUAGGGCGUAUAGAGCACUUGUGACACCCUUCGAAAAGGAAGUUAAUUUACUCAAUUAUUAAUUAUAAACAACCUUUUUACUUUUCUAGAAUCUCACAGUAUCUUUUACCUCCUAAGAACAGGAAUCUGUUUGUAUUUUUUCUUUCACUUUUUUUCAGGACACGAGUUUAAUAGUGUGAUGAAUAAAUUAAAUUGUAACAAUAUUUCAAGAA